CCCAGCCCAAAAAUAGGGCGGUGCACGAUCUUCGUUUCCGCUAAACAUAACCGUCAACCCCCUCGUUUUCUUCGUAUAAUCUCUAUACGACAACGUUUCAAAGAAUUUCGGCCGUUUUUCUCUUCAAUGGAGUGUUUGUUAACUUUGGUAUUGCUUUGCAAUUAAAAUCGUAAAAUUGCCAAAGCUCAUUUCAAUCUCUUCUGCUGAUUGAGUUAGUUUCUGAAGCCGUGAGUUUAUAAUAUGGAGGGGAGUAACAAUACAACCCAGGAGUCGAGGGAGCCCUUUGUGGCAAAUGACAGUUCCUUACAAAACAAUAGGGUUAUCCCUCAGCUACUUACCUCUGUGCCGGCUCUCAAUGAUGCUGCUUCCUAUCUUUCUGAGACGACAUCUUUAUUUACUCGCUGUUUCAUGGAUUUUUCUGCAGAACCUGCCUCCAGAGGCUUAGGAGGCCAGGAGAUGGUUACAUUUGGUUCUGCCGAAAGUCGAGGAUCUCCUCCCUUAAAUACUGCUUCGUCAAGUGGAAGUGAUUUAGCUGUUGGUAAAACAUCUCAAUCAUCUCUUGCUGCUCCACUUCUCCAUGAAGGAUUAAGCAGGACCUUAUCUAUAAAAUCAUCCCAAAGUGGUAAUGCAGCCAAAAACUCGGAGGACCUAUCUGAGGGUUCCAGUGCACAGGUUUUAUUAAGGAAUACCAGUCCAAAUGGCAUUUCCAUUUUCCAAGGUCUUAUAGAGAGGGUGAGAAGGACAGUUCGUGGGUCAGCGGAUGAUAUUGGAUGGCUACAACGUGCUUCACAUAUGCCUCCGGUUGAUGAUCAAACUGAUAGAUUUGUGGAAAUCAUUGAUGAUAUUAGGCAUGGACUACAUGGAUUACCAAAUUCAAUGGUUUACUUGUUAGUUCCAGGUCUCUUCAGCAAUCAUGGACCGCUUUACUUUGUCAAUACAAAAACAAGCUUUUCAAAAAUGGGGCUCACUUGUCAUAUAGCCAAAAUUCAUAGUGAGGCCUGUGUGGAGAAGAAUGCGAGAGAAAUUAGAGAUUACAUUGAAGAAAUUUAUUGGGGUUCCAGGAAACGUGUCUUGCUUCUUGGACACAGUAAAGGGGGAGUAGAUGCAGCAGCUGCUCUGUCCAUGUAUUGGACUGAUCUGAAAGAUAAGGUUGGAGGGCUGGUUUUAGCACAGAGUCCAUAUGGUGGAAGUCCAAUUGCUUCAGACAUUUUACGAGAAGGACAGCUUGGUGAUUAUGUAAACAUUCGCAAGCUUAUGGAGACCCUCAUCUGUAAAGUAAUCAAGGGGGACUUGCUAGCUUUGGAAGAUUUGACUUAUGAGAGGAGGAAGGAGUUCUUGAGCAAAUACCAUUUGCCAAAGGAGCUUCCUGUUAUUUCCUUCCGAACAGAAGCCAGCAUUUCUCCAGCAGUUUUAGCCACAUUAUCUCGUGUGGCACAUGCAGAACUGCCCACAUUUUCUGCUGCCCAACCUGCAACUACAUUCCCAGUGGUGAUGCCUCUCGGUGCUGUGAUGGCUGCAUGUGCCCAGCUUCUUCAGAUCAGGUAUGGUGAGAAGAGUGAUGGGCUUGUUACUUGUUGUGAUGCAGAAGUCCCUGGCUCCGUGGUGGUUAGGCCAAAACGGAAACUGGAUCAUGCUUGGAUGGUAUAUUCUGAAUUAAAUGAUAACCCGACAGAGGCUGAUGCAUCUCAAGUUUGUGAAGCUCUUCUAACAUUACUAGUAGAGGUAGGACAGAGGAGAAGACAUGAACUAUCAAGCAAAGAUGAAUGAAGCGUAUACAAACAUCCUCCGUACAGAUUUGCUUCAUCUCUGAGUUCUCUUGUUUAUUUCUUAGCUUGUCCAUUUGUUCUUAGAAGUUGUAAAUUCACUAAGGUUUGUGGUUUAAUGGUAGUUAUAUUUCGACAUCAGAGAUUUUAAGUUUGAAUCUUACAAAUGAAAAUUUGCUAAUAGAAAGUGCUUUCUCUUUAAUA